AUGCGCCGGGAGCUCAACUGGUGGGACCUCGCGUGGUUCGGCGUCGGCGCCGUCAUCGGGGCCGGCAUCUUCGUGCUCACCGGGCAGGAGGCCAAGGAGGCCGCCGGGCCCGCCGUCGUGCUCUCCUAUGCCGUGUCCGGCGUCUCGGCCAUGCUCUCCGUGUUCUGCUACACCGAGUUCGCCAUCGAGAUCCCAGUCGCAGGCGGUUCGUUCGCGUACCUUCGGGUGGAGCUGGGCGACUUCAUGGCCUUCAUCGCCGCCGGCAACAUCCUACUCGAGUACUGCAUCGGCGGCGCGGCGGUGGCGCGCUCGUGGACGUCCUACUUCGCCACGCUGCUCAACCACCACCCCAACGACUUCCGCAUCCACGCCACGUCGCUCGCCGAAGACUACUCCCGCCUCGACCCCAUCGCCGUCGUCGCCAAGGUCUCCAACUUCACCGCCGACUUCGCGCCGUACGGCGCCCGCGGCGUCUUCGCCGCGUCGGCGGUGCUCUUCUUCGCGUACAUCGGCUUCGACGCCGUCAGCACCAUGGCGGAGGAGACCAAGAACCCGGCCAAGGACAUCCCCGUGGGGCUCGUCGGCGCCAUGGCGCUCACCACCGUCGUCUACUGCGUGCUCGCCGUCACGCUCUGCCUCAUGCAGCCGUACAAGGACAUCGACCCUGACGCGCCCUUCUCCGUCGCCUUCAGCGCCGUCGGCAUGGACUGGGCCAAGUACAUCGUGGCCUUCGGCGCGCUCAAGGGGAUGACCACCGUGCUGCUCGUGAGCGCCGUGGGCCAGGCCAGGUACCUCACCCACAUCGCGCGGACGCACAUGGCGCCGCCGUGCCUCGCAGUGGUGUCGCCGCGCUGGGGAACGCCGGUGCGCGCAACAGUCACGAUGCUCGCCGCCACGGCCAUCAUCGCCUUCUUCACCGACCUCGGCAUCCUCUCCAACCUCCUCUCCAUCUCCACGCUCUUCAUUUUCAUGCUCGUCGCCGUCGCGCUGCUCGUCCACCGCUACUACGUCUCCGGCGAAACCACCGCCACCAACCGUACCAAGCUCGUCUCGUGCAUCGCCGUGAUCCUCGCCGCAUCCGUCGGGACGGCGGUUUACUGGGGCCUGGCGGUGGACGGCGGGUGGGUGGCGUACGCGGUGACGGUGCCGGCGUGGUUCGUGGCGACGCUCUACCUGCAACUCGGGGUGCCAAAGGCGAGGGUGCCAAAGAUGUGGGGGGUGCCGUUGGUGCCGUGGCUGCCGUCGGCGUCCAUCUUCAUCAACAUCUUCCUGCUCGGAUCCAUCGACGGAAAGUCUUUCAUGAGGUUCGGGAUAUGGACGGUGGCGCUGCUCGUCUACUACUUCUUCGUCGGCCUGCACGCCUCCUACGACACCGCCAAGGUGCUCGCCGCCGAGGCAGCCACCGCCAGGGUGGAAGAAGGAGGCCAGAAGGCUGUGGAAAUUACCGGCGCUGGCAACUAAUUAGCACAGAAAUUCAUUAGACUAGUGAUCUGUACGUCCAUUAUGCUUAGGAAUGUCAAAUUAGUUGAUGUAGUAGCUACUAGUUACUUUGAGAGAUUAAUUAUCGAGAGUGUCGUUUUGGUCGCUAGGAUAAAGAUUUUCUUUUACAAAAGUUUGGUUAGCUAGUUUAA